ACGUGGGCAACAUGCUGGACUCCCGCCGAGCCGACGUGAGGACCACCGAAUCGAGCUGGAACCAGGCGUCCAACCGAUGGUACAGAGCCAAUUUUGGCUCAGCCAAUGGAGCUGGAGGAAUUACAGCAGCAGCUGGAUUACCUUCUGACGAAAGGUUUUAUUCGGCCCAGCAUGUCUCCAUACGCCGCCCCAAUACUGUUCACGCUAAAGAAGGAUGGAGGAUUCAUAAUGUGUAUCGACUACCGCGCGCUCAAGCGGAUCACCAUCAAGUCGCGUUACCCGAUCCCACGAGCCGACGAACUUCUCGACCAACUUUGCGGCGCCAAGUUUUUCUCGAAAAUCGACUUACGAGGAGGUUACCACCAGAUUCGUGUUGCAGCCGAGGAUUGUCACAAGACGGCGUUUCGCAUCCGCUACGCACCUAUGAGUACCUGGUGAUGCCUUUUGGCCUCACGAACGCACCCUCGACCUUCCAAAUAACCACGAAUGGAAUUUUUAGGGAACUCUUGGACAAAUGCGUCAUCAUCUACCUUGACAACAUACUCAUCUACAGCCGCAGCAGGGAGCAGCACUUACAAGAUCUUGAUGCAUGCGACUUUCUUAAGCAGGAGUUGGAAUUCCUGGGCCACGUCGUCUCUACAGAAGGAGUGAAAAUCGACCCCAAGAAAAUCAAGACCAUACAUGAAUGGAAGCCGCCAAGCAACAUCAAGGAGCUGCAAAGUUUUUUUGGAUUCGUCAAUUACGUCAGCCGGUUUAUCCCCAAUAUGGCCGGGUUAUCUGCCCCUCUAACUGACCGACUCAAGGAUCACGAUUGUUUUUGGUGGGGAGAGAAGCAACAAGCUGCAUUUGAUCAACUGAAGAUCGCCCUCACGUCGCCGCCCGUCCUUCGCAUCUCCGAUCCUGACCGUCCAUACGAAGUCAUCACCGACGCCAGUGACAUCGCCAUCGGUGCAAUUCUUCUACAGGACUUUGGCGACGGAUUACAGCCGGUCGCCUACGAAUCACGAAAGCUGCAGGGCGCAGAGAAAAAUUAUACAGUACACAACAAGGAAAUGUUGGCGAUCGUCCACGCGUUCAAGACCUGGCGGUGCUACCUGACAGGCGCUGACGUCACUGUACAGACCGACCACAAAUCCCUCCAACCGAACCCAACCGAACCCAACCGGACCCAACCGAACCCAAUCGAACCUCAACCAGCGUAAACCUCGGGUUAAAAACCUAU